AUGGCACACGGCGUUACGGAUGAAUAUAAACGUGAAUAUUUUGAUUCUGAAAUAGAAUUAGAAAAAAAAUUAGAUCAACUUGCACAAUGGAUUAGUGCCAGUAAACAUUUUAUCGUAUUUACAGGAGCAGGAGUUAGCACGUCAACAGGUAUACCAGAUUUUCGUUCUGGUAUGGAUACCGUUCUGACAACGGGCCCCGGCGCAUGGGAAUUGCGUGAUAAUAAUUCUGCUCGACCAAAAAAUGCAAAAGUAUUACCUGACAUGAACAAAGCCAUUCCAUCUCCGACACACAUGGCACUAGUCGAAUUACAACGUCGUGGUAUAUUGAAAUGUGUUGUGAGUCAAAACUGCGAUGGCUUACAUCUUCGAUCUGGUUUAAAUCCAACCGGUUUGGCUGAACUGCAUGGCAACAUGAAUCUUGAAAUUUGUUCAAAAUGUGAAGCUAAAUAUUUAAGAGAUUAUGAUACUGGUAUUGGAAGACGAGAUCACUUAACGGGUAGAAGAUGCGAUAAAAAAGAGUGUGAUGGACUUUUAAAAGAUUCAAUUAUUCAUUUUGGCGAAAAUUUACCAAAAAGCGAGUUGAGCAAAGCAUUUGAACAUGCAGAUAAAGCUGACGUAUGUCUUGCAUUAGGUUCUAGUUUAAACGUCACUCCUGCAGCUGAUGUACCUCGAAAAGUUGCCGAACGUAAGCAAAAACUGAUUAUUGGUAAUUUACAGCGCACUGCUCUGCAUGGUAGCUCAUUAUUGAAUAUUCAUACAUUCACCGAUACAAUCAUGCAAGGUUUAAUGAAACGCCUCAAUUUGCCAAUUCCUACUUGGAUAGUUCGUCGACGUAUUCGAUUUCAAAUUAAAAAUGAUUCAAAAAAUUCUUAUCAAGUGUUAAUCGAAGGACGCGAUCCCGAUCAAGAUUUACCAUAUUCAUUAUUCAAAUCAAUUCUUGUUAACAUUGAUAAUACAGAAUUAAAAUCGGAAACAUCCAACUCAAAAUUUAUAUUGAAGGAAGAACCAUUCGGAUUUGUAGCUGAUAUUGAAGAUGAAAAAAGUACAACGAAAAUUCAAUUGCAAAUAAACUUUUUUGGACACUAUAAUGAACUACCGUAUAACCUUGAGUAUGUUUUACAGAAUAUCGAGGACGAAUUUUAUUUAUUUUAUAAUCCUAGGACGGGAGUUUGGCUAAGAAAAUCUCGAGCAGAUGAUGUUACAGAGUGA